AGGUUGUCCAUAAAAUAUGCCAACAAAAAAGUAUUCCAUAAAAAUUCGCAGGAGAUGGAAGGGGACAUCUUCGGUAUCAACUAAAUCAUCUAAAGCAGUUAGCAAUAGGAGUAGAAUUAAAUCUCUAAAUGUUCGUAACACUAAAGGCGCAUUACGUGGACUAGCUAGAAUACCUACUUGCAAAAUACCAAAAUCGAAAUUGGAUGCUGCGAUCAAAAUUCUUGAUGCUGAUGUGAAUAUAUAUGCUACUCAAAAAUCGGAAACUCGGUGUCACAUACCACCUGGUACGUCAUGUGUUCGCAAUUGGGGCUUCAAGAAACUUUCCUUUCCCCGUCUUCUGGGCGAAUGUCGCGUGUGUUUACUGAAUCAAGAUUGGACUAACUUGGCUGCAAUCCUUGCGGUCGCUAAGCCCCUGAGAAUACGCGAUUACCAUCUUUACAUGCCAUAUUUUCACAAGUACGCUGCGAUAUGCUUACUUCAUAGUGGAGAAGAAGAGAAUUUAGAUAGCUUCCUGUGCAGCGUUAUAGGCUGCCAAACGGAGCAUGAUAAACAGAUUUUCUUAAAGAAUUUAACUACCUUUUUCGAGAAAGAGAUAAAUAACAAACGCAGCAAGAAAGCCGAGACCAACUCUAAAGAAGCAUCCAAAGAGUCCAAAUGGGUGGCAGUUGGGUAGAUUACGAAU